AGAGGAGAAAAAGGAUAGGAUUGCAAAUCUUAUGAAACAAAUAAGAGCAAAGGAGAAGAAUUCCCCAAAAGACGAGCAAAAAACAAGUACAACAAGAAAAAAGAGCAAGCAAAGCAGAAGUAAAAUGGGGAAGACUCGUAAUAUAAACUACGGUUGGUUGCAUCGAACAUCCAGUGACAAUGCAUACAAACAACUUAAAAGGCUCGAAGGAGCAAGUGUACGUACCGUUCCAUAUGACGAAGAAGAAACAUAUUUUACCCUAGAUUUUCUUAAGAAUGAAGCAUGUCGUCUAUUUUUUCCUGAGGAUUUCGAGAUUGAAAUUGGCAGUUUUUCUCAGGAACCAAUCCUCGCAUUUGUUGACACAAGAGGUAAUCCCUGUUCUUAUUUGGAAUAUCUCCGUGACCGAGGUCUUUAUCCCAGUAAAUCGUACAUUUAUCUUAUGACUACUGCACGUGGCGACAAAAACACGGGCACACGUGAUAAUAUUAGUUCUGAGCCAAAAGCAACUAAGCAACACACGGAUAUGGAUGAUGAGAACGAAAGUGAGGCCGAUGCUACAAAUUCAAAACAUGUUGCACGACGUCUCCAAAAUAGCGAAAGCAACGAAGCUGAAUGUGAAAUUAAGGACCCUGUUAAGAAGGACGACCUUGUUAAGGAUGGUAACAUAUAUGGAGUUUGCAUUGAUGGUAUUGACGUUACACCAUCAAAAAAUCAAAUUACCAUAGAAUAUGAAGAACUUACAGAAUUCUCAUACAGUGAGGUCACUAUUCGGUCUUUGGCAAAUUCUUUGGAACAGUGUUACUGGGACAAAAGUCUUUCUGAUCCAUUUAUAAGAAAUGAAGGAUUCGAUAACUUUUGUCCACUCGAACAUGGGUUUACUGUCACUGCUAUUCAUAAGGCAGAUACGUGUUAUCUUGAAAGAGUAUUUAGUCCUUCCUGUGAGAGUUUUGAAGAGUCAACUUCUCGGUUCUUUUACCCAUGCCGGGAUAACAGCUCAAAUGAUAUUAUUAUUCACCAUCCGUUGGAGAUAUGGGGGUAUGAUGAAAAUAGACUUAUGUUGGGCGUAGUAACAUCAUUCAUGGACAAUCCCGAAGUCGAAUAUGUUUGGUAUAAUGGCGGUGAUAUCGCAAGGCAAGGACAUAACCUAUGUUGCAUACCUGUAAAUGAACCUGGUAUAUAUAAAGUGGAGGUAAGAGUAGACGGGAAAGCUGAAAUGUCAAAGCCAAUCAAAGUUGAACUACUAAAAAAUUUAGAAGAUCCGCCUACUGAUGAAAAGAAAAAAAAUGCAGAACCAGAAGCUAGUAUAAAAUCCCCUCAUUUUCUUCCUUUUGUUGAUAAAAAUCAGGUCACAUUUACCAACGAAAUCGGAAGGGGGUCGUAUGGGGUGGUUUUCAAAGGGGUUUGGUCGGGUACUGAUGUCGCUAUUAAAGACAUUAAGGUUAGAAAUGCUAAACGCCUGAAAAGUGUUAUGGAAACGGAAGUCCAAGUUCACACUAUGGUGCGCCAUCCGAAUAUAACGCAGAUCAUGGCCGUUUCAAUGGAGAAAAACCAUUUAUAUAUUGUAUCGGAAUUUGUCAAUGGUGCCAAUCUCGAAGAAUUGUUAUUUGGGGAAGACGUCGAAGUAAAAGAAAAUAUUUCGGAAAAGAAGAUUUUCAUAGCAAAGCAGGUCACUCAAGCCGCCGCCUACUUACACAAUCUCAGUCCGCCUAUCGUGCACCGUGAUAUUAAACCUGCUAACAUAGUGGUUGCUAAAGAUUCAUACGUUACCAAGCUUUGUGAUAUGGGGUUAAGUAAACUGAAAUCUGCAACAAUGCAAGCAGUGACCGCAACAGGAGUUCCUGGCACUCCCCACUAUAUGGCCCCAGAAUGUAUUCUUCGCAAAAAAAAAUCUGAUCUAAAUUCGGAUGUUUGAACUACUUACCCACAAGGACUGCUGGGAAGACCUUAUUGAGGAGUUAGGCGAUAUAGAGGAUUCAGAUGAUAACUACGAAGUUAAUUGCAUGAUGUCUAUAUUUCAAAGACAAAGUGUUCCUAAAUUGUUGGGACUUCUCUCCGAUACACAUUCCACAAUAUUAACGGACUGCUUUAACUACGAACCCUGCAAUCGACCUCGUGCAAUUGACCUAGUCAGUGCAUUUUCAGUGUAGUAACUGUUUUAGAAACAUUUACAACUGCUGUUUCCGGAAGAUAAAUUUGACUGCCUAUUAGCUCUUUUCGCAAUGUCUCGUGCAAGGAUAGGAGCCAAUAUAUCGCACUUUAAACAUGUCCUAUGAUGUUGCAAUAUAUAUAAUUGUAACGCAACUAUAGCAUACCUAACUGACCUCUAAUAUUAAUGAAUAAUAGAGCAGGGAGCCGGCUUGAAUUUUGUUGCUAUUUUGUUGUCAUUAAUUUGAGUACACCCUCUGUUAUCGAUUAUUGCAAUUAAAAUUGUUGUCGUUGUUGUUAAUAAUUAAUUAUUAAUUGUUCUUUCAUUAACAAUCAACAAUUGGUUGUUCUAAUCAAUAUCAGCAAAUGAAAGCAAUUGAGUUAAAUUGUUAAUAUUCACAAUGAAAUAUCAAAUACGUAUAUACUUAUAUAACAUUGUGUAUUUAUAUUGCACUAUGUAGUGUUGAAUGAUUUCCUAAAACGGAACAAAAAAUGAACGGACAUCGGGUUAAUUGCACAAACUAGAGACUUAAGCAUCUGCAAACUGCAUCAAGCUGCUUAACGCAGACGCGUGCUUAUUUGGAUCACAUGCACAACGUAUGUGAUCUCGAAGUUGAAACACCACGCAUCAGGUUGAGGUAUUUGUAUAAUAUAUAUUUGAUUCUGUAUAGUGUCAUUCAUGAACAGCGCUAUAUAUAACGCUAUAUAUUGCGCUAACAAUAUUCAACAAUUAAUUUUGGCUGUGUCUGCUUUUUUUUGUGCAACCAUUUUAAGAAUGUUG